CUGCGCCCGCCCGGGCAGUCGCUGGCGGAGCGCACGUGGAGGCGGCCGCAGCGCCCCAGACCCGCGCCCAGCCCAGCCCGCCCGAGCGUCGCGCUUGCCGGGCGCCAUGAAGCGGCUGCUGCUGGCCGCGCACGUCCUGCUGGCGGCAGCUUGCUCCGUGUUGGCAGAGGGUGAAGGGACUGGACUGCUCCGGAAUGAAGUUUACCAUAAAGAAGGCAGAGAAGACUUGACAAGUUCCCGGCUCCUUCCAGUCCGGGAGAUUUUGGAGCAGCAAGGAGAGCCAGAGGCCAGCCUCCUGUCCUCCAGGGACAACUUCAGCGAACUUCCUCAAGUUGCUUUCCUGUCCAAACCACAAGAACCUGUGACUGCAAAGAAAGAAGGGAAUGGGAAGAAAAGAAAGAAGGGGAAAGGGAAGAAGAGAGACCCCUGCUUGCGAAGAUAUAAGGAUUUUUGUAUCCAUGGAGAAUGCAGAUACAUCAAGGAACUAAGAAGGCCCUCCUGUGUAUGCCAGCAGGGGUAUGAAGGAGAGCGAUGCCACGCUCUCAGCCUCCCGGUGGAGAACCCCUCCCGCAGCUAUGACCAUACGACUGUCCUGGCGGUCACAGCCGUGGUGCUGUCAUCUCUGUGCCUCGUCAUCAUCGCCUUGUUGCUGGUGCUCAGGUGUCAUAAGCAAGGAGUUUAUGAUGUGGAAAAUGAAGAGAAGGUUAAGCUGGGCAACACUGUCAGCCACUGACUGCAAGGAUUCCGGAGCAGCUCGGCCUUCACAACCCAGUGGACGGAACUUUUUCUAGCGCACAUUUCAAAGUCAGAGGGGAGUUCGCAUGAGCAGAAAGGUGCAUGCACUCUCUUCCAAGAAGGUUGUGCCAGAUCAUUGUUGCUUUGAGGAAAGAAAACAGCUUCUUCCGUUUGGAAGAGCUGGGCAGGCGAGAGAGAUGUGGAAAGAGACAUUCUUGCAAGGGGCUCGUCCUUGAAAUGUGAAGUCACAGCAGAAAGAGAAGCAUUGGGUCUUGCCUUGACAACGUUGGAAAGUCGUCGUCUGCAAACAAUGAACUGGUAAACUGGAUUCUUCAGGCACCCACUGAGGAUUUAACUGUGAAAGACUGCGGAAGAAAUCUAACUUUUGAACUUCAUUAAAGGGGGGAACUAUUUAACAAGAUAUUUCAUUUUAAAUUAUAUAUUUAUUUUAGAUACAAUUGUACAUAUUAUUUAUUUAGGGCUUCCUCCUGUUGUCCUGGAGUUGGGGAAGAUAGACAGGAGGAUUUUGCAGUGUAAUACUCUAAUAAAUAACUUUGUUAUACUUAC